AUGCACUCUCCCGGCCGCUUCCGCCCUGCCCCACGUCACGUACCCCGCUGGGACACGGACGCCGAUGAGGAUGAGGGCGAUGCCUUCUUGUCUGCCAGCGACCUGGUAAAGACGCUGCAGCCAGUUCCGCGCCGUCCAACCCCGCAGAGCAGAGGCCGCCCCAUGACCGACCGUGAACCCCCCGCUUCGGCAUCGCGCCGCUGGCCACCGCCCUCGGAGACGCAGCAACCACUGGGAUUCAACGACUGGGCUUUCGACGAGUCGCCUGGCCAUCACGAAGACUCGAGAGCUGCAGGUUCAGCCAUGGACUACCGCUCCAGGACGUCCAAGGGAGGACCACGUGGACCCAGAGGCUAUGGAGGAGACCAACUGGACUUUGACCCUGACGUGCUACAGGAAGCCGACGAGUACGAGACCAACAGGGCAAGAGCGUUCCAGAUGGGCUACGACGUCGAGCCUCGACACAGUCAGGCCCAAUUGCAACGCUAUAAUCAGCAAAGACAGCACCAGCGAGUCGCACCGCGAGAAUUUGGACAGGAAUCGUCCUCACAGUUCUACAGACGACCGGGUUCUCAUCCAGAGCACGAACUUUAUGCUCGAGAAAUGAGAGGACGAGAACCAAUGGACGACAUGCAGUUCGACUCGCAACGACGCGCCCCACGCAGUGCUCCAUCGCGUGACAAUGGAUUGAUGCGAGACACUCACGCCAGAGCCUUGCAGAGUCGACGCUAUAAUGCAGCACACUGUCCAGGGUUUGGACCGAGAAUGGACGAGUUGCCGCUGGAGCCUGCUAUGCUGGACAUGUACCCGGAUGGCAUGGAGACGCCGGCAGCGCAAAUGGCUCGAAGGCGCGAGUAUGCACAGUCACAACACCCGACACGGCAGCGGAUGCCCCAGCAGAUGCCGAGAAGACCGCACUCCUCUGGAGAUCGCCUCAAUGACGAGAUGAUGACUGGAAGACGGCCGUUUAAUGACCCGGACAUGCCUCGUGACCGACGCGGCGGUGAGAGCCGCGCACUGUACGAAGAGCUCGCCCCUACCCCGACCAGUACAGCUAUUUCGCAGAGUAAUUACGGGGCCGGUGACACCACAGGUACCGUGGCUAGACAGCGAUCAAACCAGUCGAUUGGCCGUCCACAGUUGCCUAAGCGACAACGAUCAGAUGACUCUCCUUCAGCCUCGAUGGAGGGCAAGGCGAGUGCAGCUACGAAGGCUGUAACUGUGACCAGUACGCCUCCUGAUGGCAAAGACGCUGAGAAUCUACCAAAGCGUCGCUGUGGACGCAAGAGCAUGAACUACUCGACAGAGCAGAAGCGCGAACGCAACCGUGCAGCUGUCAAGAAGUGUCGACAGCGUCAGGCAUUGAAGUUGGAGUAUUUGCAGCACAAGGCCGAGUCCCUCGCAGCGGAGAAUCAGGCGUUGUCCGAGAUGCUGGUGAAGAACGCCGAGUUGGACGAGGAGCAGCGCACGUCCUUGACACGCGGCAUCCAGAUGGAUAUUCUGCUCAAAAUCAAGGAGAUCUUCACGCAGAGUUUGCCCAAGGACUUUGUCUUGGACGCUGACUCGAUCUGGGACCUAAAUUCAGUACUGGCCGUGUCGAUGCCGUCGCGCUGCUACUACGGCAUUGAGAGCAUCAAGGACUUCUGGCGCACAUCUCUGCGUAUGCGCAACAAGGGCAAGAUCCGAUCGUUCUGGGCCUGGCUGUUCCGCUUGCCUCCCGGUGAUCGAUUCUCAGAGUUCGACAUCCAACCGUUCUCGCCGACGUCCAAUCUGUACUUUAUUUCGUGGACUACCAAGUCGAAGCCGCCACUGGCUGGAUCCAUGGUCAUCAUGUUUGGCAAUGGCCAUCGCGUGACGCUCCAUGUCGAGUGCUUUGGAUGGCUCAUUUGGCGCUACUUGCUCACGAACGAGCCGUUCCCGGAACCGGUGUCGGAUUAA